AAAAAUGUUUAUAUGUUAACAAAGUAUAACAGUAGUGUAACUAGUUUAUUUUUAAAUUGUAGCCAUGGAUAUUAGAGUAGGAGCAAUUUUGGGUCAUAACAAUUUGAGUCGGGAAUUAUAUGCUAUACACAGAAACCAGAAGUUGUAUUUAAUGUUUCAUAAUUUAUACAAAAAAUGGUUAGCUGUAACAAAUCGUGAGUUUGAAGUAAAAAUUUCCAGCAGUCUUAAUUGGACACAGUUAAAAACAGUGGAAAAAAUUUUUGAUAAAGCUGUAACUUUUGGACCAAACCAAUGGAUGGUAAACGGAGCCGGGCUAUAUUUCCGAAAACUCAGCGAUAGUAACUGGAUUCAAAGAAUAAAGUGGAAUGUUUAGCAAACUUUUUAAGCGAGUCUUUAUGAGGAAAACUUUUUUUUAGUUUUUGGAAAUAAAUAACAGUACUUUUUGUUGCAAUUGUUAUUUGA